AUGCCCCUCUUCCCCCGCUCGCCAUCUCGCGGCUCCAUCCCGCUCCUCAACUCGGCCUGCCCGUGGGCGUCGAGUGCGAAGGACCUCCGCGCGCUGUGGGAGUGCCCGUACACGAGCGCGGUGACGACUCGCACGACCACGCUCAACGGCUUUCCGGACGACUCGACCCGGCACCAGGUCGCCUUCUUCGGUCCCGACGCCCAGUCGUCGGCCAACUCGUACGGCUACUCGCCGCACCCGCUGUCGACCUACCUGUCGUGGCUCCGCCCGCUCGUCAAGGGCGCUUCUCCGGCGCAGCGCACCAAGAAGCAGCUCGUCGUCAGCAUCACGGGCACGCCGGCCGAGACGCGCGAGAUGCUCGUCGCGCUGCAGGCGUUCGCCGACGAGCACGGCGUGACGCUCGCUGCGGAGUACAACGCUAGCUGCCCGAACAUCAAGGGCCACCCGCCGCCGGCCUACUUCGAGAAGGACCUCGCCGAGUACCUCGAGAUCCUCGCCGAGCACGCGAGCCCGAGCCUCAAGGUCGGCGUCAAACUGCCGCCGUACACUUACGACGAGCAGUUCAUGGCCGUCAUUCGCGCCCUGUCGUCCGUUCGCUCGCCGCCCUCGUCGUCCGCCAACGAGCACCCGAUCUCCUUCCUCACGACGACCAACACGCUCGGCCAGGGCCUCGUCUUUACGCCCCAGAUCGUCGACCCGCCGCUCCCGGGCUCGGGUGCGCAGAGCCAGGCGAUGAAGGACGCCGCGCUCGAGGUGCAUGCGCUCCCUGGAGGGUGGGGCGGACUCGCAGGCGCCGCCAUCCACCAGACCUCGCUCGGCAACAUCUACCGCCUGUCGCUCCUCCUGCGCGGCUCAGCUCCGGCGGGCGGUCCCUCGCCGCUCGGCGCCCCGACUGACCCGCGCCUCGCGUCGAUCACGCUCAUCGGCGUCGGCGGCGCGAGCGACGCAGCGGGCGUCGAGCGAUUCAGGCUCGCUGGCGCAGACGCUGUCGCGUGUGCAACGGCGCUCGGGAGGGAGGGCGUGAGCGUGUUUGAGAGGAUGAGCGGUGAGGUGACGGCGGCCAAGCUGUAGCUCGCGGCGUAUCUGCACGUCGUCGCUCUCUUUCCUC